UUUCCAGUGCAGGUCUGAACCCUGGAGGGAACCAGUCGGACGUGAAGCUGAACGAUCUCUGAUGAACACUUUGAAGAGGAAACACAUGAUUCCAGGUUGAAACGUAAACAGGAAGCAGCUCUGGAACCACCUGAAGGUUUCGUUCGUUUCCGUAGUGCCGGAGUGAUGAGAUCAUAGGUCAGAAGUCACCGGUGAAGCGGGGCAGUAGAACCGGCCGCCACGUCGAACCGGGCCAUGAAGAAACCAACAUUUGAACCAGAAUAAAAACAUUUACGGAUACAAACGGGACACUUUAACGCGGACAUGGAGGCUGAGAACCAGAACGCGUUCACGUCUUGCUGUCCAUCCCAGAGCGGCAGCAGCUCCUCCACCCCGGACAUGUUGCCUCCAGAAAACCAUGCAGACGGCCUGAACCACCAUUCCCACACAUUUGGCACCGUUAUCCCCAACCGGAUCUUUGUUGGUGGGAUUGACUACAGCGUCAAUGACAGCGACCUGCGAUACGUCUUCUCACAACAUGGUGCGGUACAAGAGGUGAAGAUUGUCACAGAUCGCUCAGGAAUGUCAAAAGGAUAUGGGUUUGUCACCUUUGAAACCCAAGAAGAUGUCCUGAAAAUCCUUAGUAAUGCUAGUAGAAUCUGUUGCAAAGACAAGAAGCUGCUCAUUGGUCAGGCCGUCAGGAAGCAUCCGCCCUCAGGACGAACUAAGAGCGUCCCCCCAGCCAGCCCUGAACCUGCCGUCCCCCAGCAGAUGUCCCUGUGUCUGACCACGUCCACCGGAUACCCCUACACCUUCCACAACGGAGUGGCCUACUUCCACUGCCCCAACAUGAGCCCUCCUGCUCACCACUGGCCUGCUGCCCGUCAGCUGAUGCUCCAUCAGUCCCACCAGCCCGUCUACCAGCCUCCAGCUCAUCACCACUACCAGUGUGUCCCAAACCAGUAUCAGUGGAAUCCUGUCCAGCUGGCGAUGCCCUCCGGUGCAGCCGUGUGUUCCCAGCCGUCAGAUUAUCUUUACCAGCCGGCUGAUGGAGGCUCCGUCCAGAACCCUGUAGCCGUCAUGGAGGACGGAGCAGCAGAGUUUGUGGAGCCGACGAUGCAGCACAUCUACCCAGUUUACCCUCAGAGAGCAGAAGGAAUGACUCCUGUUGUUCUGCAACACGACCCUGCAAAGAGCCCGAUGUUUCCUCCCUCUCAAGUCCACCUGAAGCCAAAGUACUGCCGCUACAAGGACUUCCACUAUCUGCCAGAUCCAGUCGAACCUCUGGACGUCUCCAUGUUUCAGCCUCUCAUGUAGUCUAAAACCCUCAGACAGCUCAGGACACUCCGUCGUAGUUCUAGUCUGUGGACUGAAACAUGUGCCUUACAGCGUGGUGAAGGUAAGCUCUGGCCUCGUCGGCUUCAUCGGCCUCAGUCAGGAGAUUAUCUGCAGCUGGAUGGACGGUGGUGGAACAGCAACGCUAGUAAAUCCAGCGUUACAAUACAGUAAACGUUGGAUCUGAAAUCCCCCAAAAUUCAGAUUUACAGGUUCCCUGCUGGAGCAAAAUAAAAGCCAAGUUCAAGUUUAUAUUUCUUGAAAAAAAUAACUAUAAUAAUAAUAAAAAACAGGGUGGUUAGAGCUAGAUCAGUUAGAUCAAACAUACUUUAAAGUCCUCUCGUUUGUUUUCAUGUUGUGCAAAAGCAACUCGGAACACAUUACAGCUGCGAUUAUUAAAUAUUUUUGUAGUUCUUACCAUGUCGGCUCCCUGUUUUUACCUAAUCGUACGAAGGAGCCUUUGCUGCACUUGAUUCCUGAUCCGUGGGUCAGCUUCCGAGCAGCGCUUCAAUGCGUUUUCUACCGUUUUUCAACACGAUGACGUGAAGAAAUGUGUCCACAGAGCUGUGGUUGGACGUCGAAACGGCACAGAUAUAAGGGCGACGUGAUAUUUUUGUACGUUCUGUAUAAAGUAGGCCGAUAAGUGAUGCACUGGUGUUUAUAUUUGGAAAUCUAUAUGUCAACGAGUACUUUUUUUUUUUUAAUAAAAUUCAAAUGAAGUGGAGGUUGGCCUCCAGCACCCUGCUUUUCAAAAGCAGCUCUACCAAGUUUGGUUGUGUUUUUGCAACGUAAAACUUCACAAUUCGCCUCCAAAUCCUGUUAAACCUGUCGCAAAACAGAAGCAGAUGAGAUCAUCUCACUGAAGAUGACUUCAAACUCGAUCGCUCUGCUAAGUUGCUCCGUCACCAACAAACUAAUAAUAGAAAUAUGGCUGAAUAACUUGUUGGGAAAUUGAAUUUGUCAGUUACAGUUCAAAAUGCAUUUUCAAUCUUUUUUAGAUAUUAUCCACUUUAAAUGUAACUUUCAUUGUCAGGUUUUUCCCGCCAUCCUAUUGCAGCAGCACUGAAGCUUUAAUGUCUCUGUAAACGUUUCAGUUUGAGGUGUUUGUGCUUCUAAGUCAGGUAUAGAGUCUGUAAACACACCUGAAACUGUCAGAGUGCCUCGACAGUUUCUGCAUUGUCAUAUGCUUUGUUUGUUGAGCUCAGGUUUUCUUCUGCUGUUGACGUUGAUGUAUCUGCGCAGCGUCUUGAUGAAACUGCCCAACAGUGACUUGUUUUGUUCUGACGUUCCCUCAGGUGUCUGUGGUUCUUCUGUGGAAAUAAACGUUUUCGAUGGUG